GGCGGAGCAGGGGCCGCCCCUCUGCACCCCGUCCCCGCCCCCGGCCCGCGGCCCGGCCGCCCGCCCCGCCUGCUGGCCCGUGGGGCCACCCGCCGGUCCCGCCGUCUGUCAGGUGCGAGGGGAACGGGGCGGAGGUGUCUGGACACCGUCUGCUGCCCACGGCCACGGCCCGAAAUGGCCAACGUCACACCCGUCAACGGCAGCGCAGGCAACCAGUCUGUGCGCCUGGUCACGGCGACCCACAACCGCUACGAGACGGUGGAGAUGGUGUUCAUCGCCACGGUGACGGGCUCCCUGAGCCUGGUGACUGUCGUGGGCAACAUCCUGGUGAUGCUGUCCAUCAAAGUCAACAGGCAGCUGCAGACGGUCAACAACUACUUCCUCUUCAGCCUGGCGUGCGCCGACCUCAUCAUCGGCGCUUUCUCCAUGAACCUCUACACCGUGUACAUCAUCAAGGGCUACUGGCCUCUGGGCGCCGUGGUCUGUGACCUCUGGCUGGCCCUGGACUACGUGGUGAGCAACGCCUCCGUCAUGAACCUGCUCAUCAUCAGCUUUGACCGCUACUUCUGCGUCACCAAGCCGCUCACCUACCCGGCCCGCCGCACCACCAAGAUGGCCGGCCUCAUGAUCGCCGCCGCCUGGGUCCUGUCCUUCGUGCUCUGGGCCCCGGCCAUCCUGUUCUGGCAGUUUGUGGUGGGCAAGCGGACGGUGCCGGACAACCAGUGCUUCAUCCAGUUCCUGUCCAACCCGGCGGUGACCUUCGGCACGGCCAUCGCCGCCUUCUACCUGCCCGUGGUCAUCAUGACGGUGCUCUACGUCCACAUCUCCCUGGCCAGUCGCAGCCGCGUCCACAAGCACCGGCCCGAAGGCCCGAAGGAGAAGAAGGCCAAGCCCCUGGCCUUCCUCAAGAGCCCCCUGAUGAAGCAGAGCGUCAAGAAGCCGCCCCCGGGAGAGGCCGCCCGGGGGGAGCUGCGCAACGGGAAGCUGGAGGAGGCCCCCCCGCCGGUCCUGCCGCCCCCGCCGCGCCCCGUGGCCGACAAGGACACCUCCAAUGAGUCCAGCUCGGGCAGUGCCACCCAGAACACCAAGGAGCGCCCACCCACGGAGCUGUCGACCACAGAGGCCACCACGCCGGCGGCGCCGGCGCCUCCCCUACAGCCACGGACCCUCAAUCCGGCCUCCAAGUGGUCCAAGAUCCAGAUCGUGACGAAGCAGACGGGCAACGAGUGUGUGACGGCCAUCGAGAUUGUGCCUGCCACGCCGGCUGGCAUGCGUCCGGCGGCCAAUGUGGCCCGCAAGUUUGCCAGCAUCGCCCGCAACCAGGUGCGCAAAAAGCGGCAGAUGGCAGCCCGGGAGCGCAAGGUGACUCGGACCAUCUUUGCCAUCCUGCUGGCUUUCAUCCUCACCUGGACGCCCUACAACGUCAUGGUCCUGGUGAACACCUUCUGCCAGAGCUGCAUCCCUGACACCGUGUGGUCCAUUGGCUACUGGCUCUGCUACGUCAACAGCACCAUCAACCCGGCCUGCUACGCCCUCUGCAACGCCACCUUUAAAAAGACCUUUAGGCACCUGCUGCUGUGCCAGUAUCGGAACAUUGGCACUGCCAGGUAGGCAGGCAGGGGUGCCACAGGAGGCGCUGGUGUGUGCGCGAGGGACCGCAUGGCUCGGCUGCUGUGGGGGAGAGUUUGGGAGGCACUUUCGAGGGUUUGUGCUCACUGGCCGCCGAAGGGAACUGAGGUCCCCAAGACCUGUGAGGCUGAGGAAGACGCUCUGGCCGGAUCCAGAGACCAGAUCUCUGCUCAGGCCGAGGAGAGUCCGCCCCAGGAAGUGACUGAACCGGACCGUCUGACCCAUCUCUGUGGCCCUGCCUCAGGCAGCUGAGGGGCACUGGCCGACUGUGGGCACUGGCCCCACUGUGACCAGCCAGGGUGGUGAGAGAAUGGACAUCUGGAGCAGAGCAGAGCCCGGCUCCCCUGGGGAAGAGCAUAGGGGCUGGUGCCUGGGAAAGGAGGCUCAGGAAGGAGAAGGAAGUGGAGGGUCCCCCACUCAGCUGGAAUCGGUGCUUUCUGCCCCCCUUGCACCCCGCAUGUAGGCUCAGCCCCCUCCUCCCAGAUCCCACCCCAGGGGCAGAAAUCCCCCCUCCCCGCAGCUAGCUACUCAGCCAGGCUCUGGUUGGGUGGGAGGGUGGGUGGGCUGGAGGCCAGGCAGAAGGGGCUUCGAACACAGCCCCCUCCCAGCACUGCCCUGGUCACCUUCAGGAUGGGCCAGCGGGGGAGGUCAGGGGUUCACUCAGGAACAGAGGUCUGGCCACCCAGAGCCCCAGGCCGGGCAGAGUGGUCCUUGUUAUUCUGAAGAAUUGGCCCCCCUCCCCAAGGAGACAGCUGGUCCCAGGUCACACAGAGCAGAGCGAAGGUGGGACUGUGGGGAGUGGUGUUGCCGAGCUGGCCUCUGCAGAGUGUGAGGGACGCCUGGGUCACCAGGAAGAAGAUGGGGGUGGACAUGCCCCCCCCUCCCCAGCAGGCUUCAGCGACCGCGGGUGUGAGGCCCUUGGGGAAGACAAGCAAUCCCCAUGUCUACUCUCCCAGUGGACAGAAAUUUCCAAUCCAACAGUGGGCUGGACCAAAAGACCUUUACGUGGGUGAGGCGGAGAUGGGGAGUCCGUUCCAGUGAGUGUCCCGGAUUCCCUCCCCCAGCCCUGGUUGUGGCCCCUGGAGAGAGAGGACUGAAAGGCUCAGGGGACUUGGUGGAAGCACCCUUCCAGGGGUCAGUAGGGGGCCUUGGAAGAAAUUUUCCUAACUGUCCUUUCUCCAUGAACUCUGGGGAAGCAUCACCGCCAAGCCCUCAACCUCCCAAAAGCCACCAUUCCCUCCAGUCCUCUUUCUUCCACUCUCCCACCUCCAACAAAUGACCAUAGCAAACUCUCUGGGAAGGGGCUUUUAUAUAUUAAAAGAAGAGCUUUUAUUGGGAAAAAAAAAUGAUAGUUUA